UACAGUACAGUUCGUUGGUGACCAUCCGACGAAAAGGAUCCACGAAAUUCGGUAACACCUUCCGCGGCCAUAUAAAAUCAGCAGUCUGCUUAUACAGACUUCACAACUUUUCAAGAAAGACAAAAAAUUGCUUUUAGGCUAACAGGAGAAUUUUUAUUUCUAAAAAUUAUAUGCUAGAAAUCAACUUAAUACUACGAAACACCAGUUAAUUUUGGUUAUAUCAAAGGCCAAGGUAGAUGAAGAGUUAUGACAUCAACAAAAUCUUCUUCGGACAUUUCUAAAAGCUAUCGUAUUUUAGUGAAAAUUAAGAAACAAAUUGAUCACUAUUGUGACCUGAAUUUGAAUCAAUUGUCGCGAAGUGGUGGAAAUUGGAUGAUGAUAACUGGACAUUUGUAGGUUUCAAGAAGGACCACGUGUAUAGUGAUUCUUAUGUGCUGAUAAUAUAAAUAAUUUUAUUACCUUAACGCGUAGAUCAGUAGCUGUGGCAUUUUAAAAUUUAUUUGAUAAUUUUUAUAACGCAGAGUGUAAUAAGUUGUAAAUAAAGAUUGCACAAAUUAAGGAUAACUAAAAGACACUGAAGGUGAAAGGUUGAUUAUCAUGAUCCACCUGCUCUUCUGAAAAUUAAAAAUUUCUUUGUUUCUUUUCGUUUAAUUUUUUUUUUUUAACCAAAAUGGGUUUUAAUUUUCAAACCCUCGUUGUCCUCAUUUUUGCGGGGUCGACCUUGGCCCAAGAAUCGAACCGGACAGAGUUUAUGGAUCCUCUGAGUGUUAGUGAUGAUUGGAAGUUUGACGGAGUGUCAUAUCAACGCAUCAGAAGUUUGCCAGAUGUGGAAGAAUCCUUAUCUGGAAACUGGACCACUAUUUCUGAAGCUUUGGACGUUUUCAAUGUGAGGCAUCUCGCGAAGAAGUGGACUGAUGGAAAAUAUUCAGUGGAUGCUCAAUGUGGAAAAGACAUCACGAGAUAUAUCCUAGGUCUGAAAAAUCAGGAGUUCUGGGCAAUAAAAGUGGACGAUGCAUCUGGGAGAUAUACCAAUGGUUUCUUUUGGGGAAACUCUUAUUACACUGGGUCAGCUACUGAAUGUUACUUUAUUGGAAAAAGAAAUGAAAAAAGAUCUCUUUACUCUGCUUCAACUAAUGAUAAUGGAGUCCGUGAAUUCAACAGUGAACCAAAAAGGACGAGGAAUGCAGGUCAAAGUGGUCCACAAUCUUUAUCUGAAGAUAUCCCGGACGAUCCUCCUUAUCCUCUGGGAUUUUUCAUAAUGAGAAUUUCACUGAAUGGGACAUUCUUUCCUAUGAAAAGACUGAUUCAUCUCGGAGUAUGCCUGCCAUUUUCGUGCAGCGCUUCGGAUGUGGCUGUGAUAGCAAAACUCGCUGCGAGUGAAACAGCAACACAGAAUUCCUUUAUAGAAAAUGUUCGAGAUCAACGUAAUUAUUAUGAUGUAUAUGCAGAUAACGUAUUUUGGAUACUAUUUGGUGUGAGCGCAGUGGUUCUUGUUAUCAUGAUGGCUGGUACCGGUUACGAUGUUUAUCUCUCCAAAAGAUUAGAGAGGCAGCAAAAAGAAGCAUGCGAUGUAGAGAAACAUGCGAAACUUGAACAACUGACAAAUGGCAACCACAAGUCGUUGAAUGCUUUUGAAGAUAAAAUCUACAUUCCUGUUCCAGUACCAGAUUCUGUCAUCAACGGGGCUACUCCAGUAAAUAACAAUAAUAAUCACGAGGGCAGCUUACGACCUUCAACCCCAGAUGAUCAGAAACUGAAUGUUUUAGAAUGGAAAAAUAUACGUCAACAACUUUCUGGAAUCAAUGUUUAUGGCGUUUGUAAAGAGCUGCUCCUGUCCUUCUCAAUUCGCGCCAACAUGAGAACCAUUUGCGAUGGUAGCGUUGGCAGGGAUACAAUAAGUACAAUUCAUGGUCUUCGGGUAAUUUCGAUGGCAUGGGUAAUCCUGGGCCACACUUGCAUCAUCGUCUUCAAGUACUCAGACAACAUGGAAUUCCGAAGAGUGGUCGAGAAGAGGUUUCUUUUUCAGACUGUCACAAACGGAGCCUUCAGCGUCGACACCUUCUUCUUUAUGGGCGGUCUCCUUGUCAGUUUCCUCUACUUCCGGUCAAAUGCCAAAGGCGACUUGAAUAAACUUACUCAGGGCACUCGUGGCUUCAUUGCAGGAACUCUUAAAUUCAUCGGGUUCUUGGCUUACAGAUUCUCCAGGCUCACAGCUCCAUAUAUGUUUGUUUUGGGUGUUGUUGAAGUCACCAUGAAGUGGUUCCACUACAAUUCGGUCUUCGAGGCUCCAACUGCGGAUCAUGAAAACUGUGCAAAUUACUGGUGGAGGAACCUCUUGUAUAUAAACACUCUUUAUCCUGUUGAUCAGAUGUGUAUGCUUUGGAGUUGGUACGUUGCAGAUGACACUCAGUUUUACGUCGUGGGUGCAGUUAUAUUGAUUCUGGCGACGAAUCAUUUCAAAAUCGCAGCCUUUUUAGUUAUCACACUAUUGGUAAGCUCGUGGUUAACAACUGGUUACAUUGCCCUCAUUAAUAACCAUAUGCCAAGUAUCGAUGAUCCACUGGCACUCUUUGACAAGAUUUACGACAAGCCAUGGACAAGAUUGGGUCCAUAUCUCAUCGGAAUGUCCGUCGGAUACUUUCUAUUUAAGAUUGAUUGCAAAGUAAAGAUGUCCAAGACCACUGUUGUUGUUGGCUGGAUGCUGUCUUCAGCUUGUCUUCUAAGUCUUCUCUAUGGUUUGUACGAGGCUGAACUUUCCCCUGUGACGGCAGCUGCUUAUUCCUCCUUGGGCCACACAGCCUGGGCUCUUGGUUUAGCGUGGAUAGUGAUCGCGUGCAGUACAGGAUAUGGAGGGUAUGUAAAUGAUAUUCUGUCAGCGCCUAUUCUGUAUCCCUUCAGCAGGGUGACAUAUUGUGCAUAUCUGGUCCAUCCUAUUGUUAUUCGACUCACUGCAAUGAACGCAGAUUCGCCACUACAUCUAGGAAAGGACUCAAUGCUAAUAACGUUCUUUGGACAAGUCGUUGCCUCAUAUCUCAUAUCGUUUGUUGUUUCGGUGUCUUUCGAAGCUCCAGUCGUCAGCAUGCUAAAAAUUUUAUCGCCCAAAAAACGAAAAAGAAUUCAAUAAGCGAACAUAUAAAUGUCUUCAAGCUUGAAGACACUAUCACGCUCUUAUCAUUUGUUUUAUAGUCCAUUUUUUCAUAUUCCUUUGUUUAUUACUAUGUAUUUUCAUCCACCCCUAUGGACAGUUUAUCAAAUAUAAUUUAGAAUUGUUAUUUCUUCUAGCAAAGGCUUUCUAAGUGAUAGUCAAUGCAAAGUUAUUAUAAAAUCAUUAUGUUUAAGUAUUUACCAAGCGGUGAACCAACUGAUUAAGAUUUACAGUUUUUAACAAGUAAGUCAUACUGAAUUUCUACAAACCCGAUGGUUUUGAUAUUUAAUAAGAAUUGAUUUAAAAUGUGUCCUCUCUUAUUUUA